AAUAAGGAACGGACGAUAUAACUAAACUUGUGUAUUGACUGAUGUCUCUUAGGCUUUUCAUUUUCCGAUUAACUUGAUGGUUUUGACAUAAAUGAUGAUAAUGCAGAAAUUGUGUUCUUCUGUUCAUGUUUAAUCAUUAAAUUGGUGAUUUUGUAGUGUAGCAACUUUUAAGUUCAGUAAGAUGAACCAUAAAUAAAAAAAAAACACUCCUUACAUUAUCAUCAGGGUUAAGUCUAAACCUCGAGUUAACCAGGUGAAAAAUUACACCUCACUGAGAGAAAACAACCCGCGUCUUUGUGCGGUAGUUAAAUCGAAAAUAUCCCUUCCGGCCGACUCAGCGGAUAGCGUUGUAUGUGUGUGUGUGUGUGUGCACGUGCGCAUGUGUUGCGCGAUAUAAAUAUUCUGCCGCUUGUUCGUCUCGAUCCUUCACGUCGGUCGCGUUGUACUUUCGUAGAGCUUGUGAAGCCGACCGAGUCGAGCCGAGCGACGACGACUAGCGAAUCUCUCACACUGAUCACGAACUUCUAGCUUCACGGUGUGUGAACCGAUAUAAUAUAAACCUGAUUCACAGUGUGUCGUAACCGGACUCGGGACCUCUCGGGUCGAGUUAAUAAUCCCUCGGCGAGGUCCGCUCACCAGUCGGGGGGGCGCUGGAAUUCCAGCGGGAAUGGAAAUGCUAUUAUUGCCGGGGAUUUCGUAAGGUGACGUUCGGAAAGCGCAGUAGAAGCGUAGUAGAUAGUUACCAGUUUGGAUAAUUUGAACAACGAGCGAGUGGGAAGAGUCGCAUAAGCGCCGGCGGCACACGCAAGGAGUGGCAUUUGCCAGCUAGAGGAACGAAGAGACAAACUUGAUUGCAAGGUGCCCGAUUAGAUAUGGACGCACUUUCAAUUAUCGGUCUGUUAGUUCUAGCCUAUUAUUUCGUCUACGUUGUUUGCGCUUUCGUCCUGGACUGCAACGUAGAGCUCGCCUUGAAGGAAAAGUUCGGCAGACCCGUCUCUGAUUUGAAGGGCAAGAAAGUAUGGAUCACCGGCGCGUCCAGCGGUAUCGGCGAGGAGUUGGCGUACGUGUUGGCCGAAGUGGGAUGUAAAUUGAUCCUGUCCGCCCGCAGAAUCGCCGAAUUGGAGCGCGUGAAGAAGAAGUGCUUGCAGAUAAACAAAAACCUAAGCGACGACGACGUGGAAGUGUAUCCUCUGGAUAUGCUUAAUUUUAACCUGCACAAGGAGGCAUUUCAACACGUAAUCGACAAAUUCGGCCAGUUGGAUAUCCUGGUCAAUAAUGCCGGUCGCAGCCAAAGAGCGAAAUGGGAGAAUAUCGAGGUCAACGUCGAUAGAGACAUGUUCGAGCUGGACGUUUUCUCUGUACUGUCGUUGAGCAGGAUGGCGGUCAAACACUUUUUACAAAUGGGCCAGGGUCAUCUCGUCGUCACCUCGAGCAUCGCAGGGAUCCUACCGAUACCGUUGUCAGCGUCUUAUUGCGGCGCCAAGCACGCGUUACACGGUUACUUUAACUCAUUGCUGAUGGAGCAUAGCGAUAAAAACAUCAACAUCACGAUAGUCUGUCCGGGUCCAGUGCAGACCAAUUUCCUAGCCGAAUGUUUCACGGACACGCCCGGCGAAAAAUACGGCAUAAAAACGGUAGUAGACAACAGCAAGGUGAGCGUGGAGCGUUGCGCCGAACUGAUGGGCAUUGCAAUCGCGAAUAAGCUGAAUGAAGUGUGGAUCGCCAAAACACCCGCGAUGCGACUCAUAUACGCACAGUACUGCUUCCCGAACGUUUUCCCAUGGUUGUUGAGAAGCUUAGGUCCGAAGUACCUGAUGAAGGUACGAGACGCUAAGAACGCAAGUACUGGCGCCACCAUCGAAAAAGACAGCAAGGAGAAAUGAUUGUAUUGUAGUCGCGUUUUUUCUAUCACGUAUAAUUGAAUCGUUCGAUGAUGUACGUUACACGUCAUAUAUGUCUCAACAUUUAUUUAUUGUUAUUGUAACGGAAUAAUUUAUUGAGUAAAUCCUCCUUAGACCGAUA